AUGUAUUUAAGUAUCAUUAUCUUACCUUUAUUAGGGUCUAUAGUUGCUGGCUUUUUUGGUAGAAAAGUUGGAGUUAGCGGUGCACAAUUAAUUACCUGUUUAAGUGUAAUAAUCACUACAGGUUUAGCUAUAUUAGCUUUUUUCGAGGUUGGUUUUAAUAAUAUCCCUGUGACUAUAAAUUUAUUUAGAUGAAUAGAUAGUGAGUGAUAUAACAUUCUUUGAGGUUUUCAAUUUGAUAGUUUAACAGUGGCAAUGUUAAUACCUGUAUUAAUAAUAAGUUCUUUAGUUCACAUAUAUUCAAUUUCGUACAUGAGCCAUGAUCCUCGGGGUCGCGUUAGGGGAAAACGCGUCUAUGGGGAUAAACUGUCAAAUUCCGGGGAAGUCCUAAAGCUUAAGGUACCAAGCUGUAGUUGAAAAACUAUGAGUGGCUGAAGUAAUUACUCAGGUACGGUAACAAGCCUUAAGAUGAGUGAAAACAAAAUGGAUAAUCGCGGAUCUAAGUCAGUAGUAAUCGAUAGUAAUUCUACUGUAAAAGAGCAACGAGUAGACGGCAGUUGAUCCAUAAAGUCACAUUUAAUGGAUUUAAGAUGUACUCUAAGGGGUUUCGAAAGAAACAGAGGUAUAAAACUCGGUUUCAACCUGCAACAAGGUUGAAACUCUGCUAAAAUCCCAUCUAAGCAAUUCGAUUUUAAAAAAAAAUUUUCUACCUAUAAUUCCACUCUACGAGUAAAUCCUUGAGUCUGAUCUGGUUUAAUAGAUGGUGAGGGUUCAUUUAACAUAAUAGUGGAUAGAAAUAAAAGUCGUAAAUUAGGUUGACGUGCUCAAUUGAAAUUUCAAUUAAGUCUACACACAAAAGAUCUUAACUUAUUAUAUCUAUUACAACAAUACUUGGGUGGUAUUGGUUCUAUUCAUUUAGCUCGAAACCGAGAUAUAGUUAAUUAUUCAAUAGAUUCAAUUGAAGAUUUAAAUAAACUUAUUAUUCAUUUAGAAAAUUAUCCGUUAUUAACUCAAAAAGCCGCGGAUUUUUUUUUAUUUAAACAAGCGGUAAAACUUGUAAAUAAUAAAGCUCAUCUUACUGUUGAAGGUUUAAAUCAAAUAGUAAAUAUAAAAGCAUCAAUGAAUUUAGGUUUAUCUGACACGUUAAAAUCAGAGUUUGCUGGAUAUACUCCAGUUGAAAGACCUGUAAUAAAUUGUGAUAAUGUAUUUUUAGACCCUUAUUGAAUUUCAGGAUUUGUAAGUGCUGAGGGAAACUUUGAUGUUCGUAUGCCAUCAACCAAUAGUAAAUUAGGUUAUCGAGUACAAUUGAGAUUUAGAAUAUCCACUCUACGAGUGGAUAUUAGAUUAAUGGAGAAAAUAGUUGAAUACUUUGGGUCAGGAAAGAUUUACAAAUAUGGUGGUAAGUCUGCUGUUAGUUUAACAAUAGUUGACUUUACUGAUAUUACCAAUAUAUUGGUUCCAUUUUUUAAUAAAUACCCUAUAAUUGGUAUAAAACUCUAUGAUUAUCUUGAUUGAUGUAAAAUUCAUAGUUUAAUGAUUAAUCGUUCUCAUCUGACGGUUGAGGGUAUAAAUUCAAUUUCCCUCCUCCUUGGAAGGAGGAGGUAG